GUCAGACAAGCAACAGAGAACAUUGACACCUGUAUGGCGCGUAUCAGGCGGUGGCGGACAAGUGCAAAAGGUUUCGAGGUUCCAUUCCGAUGUGACGCAGACGUGUCAGUUUUCCCCGUCGCGCUCGCUGCUUUUAGCGCAGAAACCCACUGCACAUGCUCAUAAAACAAUAGUAACUUUGAUUAACGAUACAAGACACAGCAAACAUGUCAGCGUUUGUACUCGGUUCGUUAGCGACGGCGUCGCGACCCAUCGUGGGCGGCACCUCGCCCAAGCCUCGCCACGGUUGUGGCCUGCCGGUGGCAUUGACAACAGUUCACAGUCGCAUGGUCGGAGGCACUCUGGUGUCGCUGUCGAUGCCGCCUCCGGCCGUGAGUCCCGGAGGUGCCAACGUCCGCAGCGUCCUCAUGGCGGCGGCGAUGGGCUCCCCCACGUCCUCCUCCAACCCACAGCUGCCCCGCCUUAUCCACACCGAGGACCCCUCGGUGCCAGUGGACCCCAAGCAUCCCGAGCUGGUGAAACUGCGCUCUGAAGGCGGUCGCAUGCACCGCGCCUGCCUGCUGGGCUGCGGUGGUCAGGCGCUGCUGGGGCUGGCGGCUGGUGGCAGCAUGGCGGUCAGCCUCAUGGCCGGCGGCUCGGUGGCGCCCACCGCGCAGCUGCUGGCCCUGGGUGUGUGUACGGCUGUGGGCCUGGCGCUGGGCGCUCUGAGCCUGGGCGUGUACGGCCGCCUGUUCCUGGGAGCCAGCCGCGACCUUGAGGCGGGUGUGGUGGUGCCCCCCAGCCUCAUCAGCGGCAACAUGGUGCGCUGCAUGGCCUGGAACGUGGCGGGCGCCGCCGUGUGCGCCCUAGGCCUGCAGCUGGCCGUCAGCGGAGGACUGAUGACGGUGCCCUUCAGCCCGGCCGCAACCGCCAACGCCCUGGUGGCGCUGGACCACAUGGCGGUGCAGGCUGCCUCCCUCAUGCUGCUCAGCCACCUGAGCUCCCUGGCCUACCUGAACCUGAUGUUUAAGUACAUCCGCGCGGCCCGCUACCCCUCUGGCGGCCUAGCGCUUGGCUCCUACGACGGCAUUUCACCCCACUGAGCCCGCCUGCUCGGACACAUAUGAUACGCGGUCUUAUCAGGCCGCGACAGAGUGUGGCGACGCCCCAUAACACAGGAGCAUUGCCGCGUGGUCUUGUGCACGGAUCCGUUGUGCGUAGCGGUUGGCAUUACGACUGUCUUGCCUGCCGGUAGUAUCUUGGCUGUGGGCCAGCUGACUGCAUGGCGAAUGCAGUUCGCAUGAUUGCGGUUGACGCAUAUUGUCGUACGCCGUGUGAGAAGGGAUUUGCGUUGCAGCAGGCGGUGACGACACCGUUGUGUAGGCUAAUUGUGUAGCGUGGGUGGUGGGCUGCAUGUCUUGCACAAAUAGGUGACGUUAUGCCGUAACAUCAAACAAGUGUUCCCGUGUCACGGGAAACGGGGCUGAGCCAUAGAGGGAUGGCUCCUCGGGGCUGCGCCCCUCCAAAGGGGCUGAGCCCCUCCACAGUCUGAGGCUAUCAACCUCAUCGCCCGGACAUAGCCGGGGUCGGUUUCCACAGGCACAUAGCCAAACCAGGUGCCUAUCUAGCAGUCGCGAUGCC